UCCAACUUCUGACGCUUUGCGUGUUAAACCAAUGUAAACUGCGCGGAGGGAACGCUAGAAAAAUCCGUUGUCCAACGUGAAGAUUUUUAACGUAAAUUAAAAAAAAAUUACAACACGAUUCCGCGCGCGAGUAUUUUACAAAAUGAGUGACACACGUAAUUUUAAGAAGGAUAAGAAUCAGCAUAUACAAGUUUUUGUGCGCGUCAGGCCGAUAAACAACAUCGAAAAGAUCGGGAAAUCGUGUUCGGUAUUGGAGAUACCAUCCAGUAAGGAAAUAUUGGUACAUGAAAAAGGUACUCAUUCAAAAAAAUUUACCUUUGACAAAACAUUUGGACCUUCCUCAAAACAGAUUGAUGUUUACAAUGCGGUUGUUAGUCCAUUGCUUGAGGAAGUAUUGGCUGGUUAUAAUUGUACAGUUUUUGCUUACGGCCAAACUGGAACCGGAAAAACAUUUACCAUGGAGGGUGUUAACAAUGAUCCAACAUUACAUUGGCAAAGUGAUUCAUCAGCUGGAAUUAUACCUCGUGCGUUCAGUCACUUGUUUGAUGAAUUACGUACGUUGGAAGUGGAAGAAUACACAGUACGAGUUAGCUUUCUUGAAUUAUAUAACGAAGAAUUGUUUGACUUGCUGUCAUCUAAUCAUGAUACAUCUAAACUAAGACUAUAUGAGGAUGCCAGUAGAAAAGGUUCGGUAAUUAUUCACGGAUUAGAGGAGAUCACUGUGCACAACAAAAAUGAGGUUUACAAAAUUUUGGAGAAAGGAUCGGAAAAGAGACAAACAGCUGCAACUUUGAUGAACGCUCACUCGAGCCGUUCUCACACAGUGUUUUCAAUUACCAUUCAUAUAAAAGAAAAUAAUGUGGACGGAGAAGAACUUUUGAAAACCGGAAAGUUAAAUCUAGUGGAUUUAGCUGGAAGUGAAAACAUUGGGAGAUCCGGCGCGGUUGACAAGAGAGCCAAGGAAGCGGGAAGUAUCAACCAAUCUCUAUUAACUCUUGGCAGAGUUAUAACAGCGCUCGUUGAAAGAGCUCCUCACGUGCCUUAUCGAGAAUCAAAAUUAACGAGACUCCUGCAAGAUUCGUUAGGCGGGCGCACGAAAACUUCAAUUAUUGCAACGGUGUCUCCGGCUAGCACGAAUUACGAAGAAACACUGUCAACGUUAGAUUAUGCUCAUCGUGCCAAAAACAUCACAAAUCGUCCCGAAAUCAAUCAGAAACUAUCUAAGAAGGCACUGCUUAAAGAAUACACCGAAGAGAUUGAAAGACUCAGGAGAGACCUGUUGGCUGCGCACGAACGAAAUGGCGUGUAUUUAGCACACGAAAAUUACAACGAGAUGACGACAUUAAUUGAAAAUCAGACCAAGGAGAUUGGAGAAAAAAUCAAUCACAUUAAAGUGCUUCAGGAAACAAUGGAAACUAAGGAGCAAAUAUUCUCUGAUUUACAAGCGCAACAUACCGAGCAAACCAAUCAGUUGCACGAGACCAAGGAGAAAUUGGAAACUACCGCACACGCGUUGAAGUCAACUACCGAAUUAUUGGAAAAAAUAGAACGUGAAAAAGAAGAACAAAGUUACUUGGUGGAGAAACAUGUUCUCACAGAGAAACAGCUUUUGUCACAAGCGCAAACACUUUUGAGUAUCGCCGAUGUGGCGACGACUGACGUGAACAAGCUUCACGAUAAAAUUUCUCACAAGAGACAAUUGGAACAAGAAAACGAACAUCUGAGUCAUCAAUUUCGAGUCAAUGUUGCCCAGCAAUUUGAAAAGAUGGAAACUAACGUUACGGAAUACACGCAGAUGCAAUUGCAGUCUCUUGCUAGUAUAAAACAUGACAUCGGCGCGUACGUAACUUCGUCCAAAAACGAAAUAGAUUCGAUGAUCGGUUUUGUGGUGGACAACAUCGUUAAGAGAGGAAAAUCAGCGAUAGAUGAAUUCAAAAACAAUUUACAUAACUCGCACGAACAGCACCGAGAGAACUUGAACACCGAGAUGGAACAUUUUACCAAUGUGAUUGACGACGAACGCAAAUUUUUAAAUGACACAGUGCUGAAUCAGAAAUCUGAGAUAAAUAACGCGAUCGAAGCUAAUAAUUCGAAAAUUAUCGACAAUUUGCAUCGUUUAAACGAUGACAUAUGUCGGAAGUUCGAUAAGUUGCUGGCUCGAAUGAACGAAUCAAUCGCACAGCUCACGGAUCACAGAUUGCGAGAACGUGAUAAUUUGUACAAAAGUAUAACGGAGAUAAAAGAAAACAUUGAAGCUGAGUCCGAAAAGGAUGCCAAAAUUAUGGAAGAAAAAGAAGAGCUCGAAGGAAAGCUUCAAACUUUCACAAAUGCGUUCGAAGACGUGCGAACACAAUACGAAGACAUGCGACUGCAAUUUAACAAGUUUAAUGAAAACGUGAACAACAAUUAUUCCGCGAAGCGCGCAACCGUGAGCCGUGUCAACGAAUUGUGCGACAGUGUGACCAAAAACAGCGGCGACAAUUACGACAAAGCUGUUGAGAGAAAUGAGACGUUACGAGAUGAGAUGCGGAACGAUAUCGGCCGACUCAGAAGUGAUGUUCAAUCUGGCAUGAAAGAGAAUUGGACUUUGGCAGAACAGAUAGCGAUAAACAGCCGUGAGCUGAUCGACAAUCUUCAAACCAAUAUAAAUAAUCGUUGCGAGGUGUUAACGAAGAACAAACAGUACGUCGAGGAUAACACGCAACAAAGGGGACAGAAGCUCGAACAAUACGAUCAUUUGUGCGUUCAAUCUCUCAAAAAUAUAAGCAACAUAAUAGUGGAAGGAAGUAAUAAGCACAACAAGCAAUUGGAAGAUCUGAGUAAAACAAAUCUGCAACUGUCCACGGACUUGGGCGAUAAGAUCGACGGUGAACGCGAACACACGCUGGAUUGGAACGAUCAGACGCUUGCGCAAAUGGUUGCGAUACAAAACAAAAUUGGAAAAUUCUUUAACGAAGAUCUACGUCGUGACACUCCAACAGGAUUGACACCUGCGAGAAAAGAAUAUCACUAUCCGAGAAAACUUGUUACAACUUCGCCACACGAACGAAUUAUCCAGAGGUUCCGAGAAUUGAGAAAUUAACCACGUAGUAAUUUUAUACGGACAUCAAUUUAACACAUAUUCGAAAUAUAGCAACGUUCUGAAAAACAUAUACACAAGUCGUGUGAAACCUUUUUAAAAACGGAGGAUUUGCUUAAAACAUAUAUUGUGCGUUUACAAAAAAAAAAAAAAAAACAAACAGCGUUGGUCGGUGUGAUAACGCGUCAAAAAAAAAAACAAAAAAAAAAAAAAACACUGCCCGGACAUAUUUUUUAAUCUUAUAACUGUUUGCAAUUUACACUAGUGGUAGAAAUUACAAAUUAAAUAUGUAUAUAACCGAUGAAUGUGUAUAAUCUUUUUUUUUUUUUAAAUAUACAAAUU